AUGGCGGCGUUGUGUCCCACAAUCAGCGCGACUAAACGAACUAAGCUGUUGGAGUUUGAGACAGGCACCAAGGGCAUGGUUCUCUGUGUUUUCUUCUUACCUUUUGGAGCUUGGAUUUCAAGCAAGGCAGAUACAUCCUUGUUUCUUCUUCACAAGGGGUCCUCUCUUACUUUGAUAUCGGUCUAUGUGGAUGAUAUCAUACUCACAGGCAGUGAUUCUUCAUAUCUCACUCAUCUAGUUCACUUGCUUAGCUCCCGAUUUGUCAUGAAAGAUCUAGGAUCUUUACAUUACUUUCUUGGGAUUGAGGUCAAUUCUACGCCGAAUGGGUUGUUUUUAUCUCAAGCCAAAUAUGCUCAGGAAAUUUUGACUAAGGCUAUUAUGCAGGAAUGCAAAUCGAGUGCAUCACCAACAUCUUCCAAAGGUCCUUAUGAUCCUUCUGAUCCUUUGUUUGAUGAUGUUACCUUGGUGGGCUCAUUACAAUACCUUACUCUCAUUAGACCUGAGAGUCCAUUCUUCGUUAAUACUGUAUGCCAACAUAUGCAUCAGCCUAAAGUCAGUCAUUUUGCUGCUGUUAAACGUCUUCUUCAAUAUGUGAAAGGAACUCUCAAUCAUGAGGCUGACUGGACUGGAGAUCUAGUGGACCGACGUUCCACCUCUGGUUUUGUUGUUUUUCUGGGAUCAACACCUAUCUCUUGGUGUGCCAAAAAGCAGCCCACCGUUGCUCGAUCUUCAGCGGAGGCUAAGUAUAGGGCAAUGGCUCAAACAGCAACUGAUCUGCAUCCAACCCAGUAUUCCAUGCUUUUAACUAAGCAUAUAGAAAUUGAUUAUCACUUCAUCAGAGAGCAGGUUUUGGCUAAAAAAUUGGUUCUUUGUUUUAUUGGUUCUACUGCUGAAGUUGCUUAUAUUUUUACCAAAGGGUUGGGUGUAUCUCGUUUUCUCUUCUUGAAGACCCACCUCACCCCCCAUGAGUUUGCAGGGGAGUAUAAAGGAAAGCACAGCAGUGCACAACAGUUAGAAGUUAGUUUGGUAGUUUGUUCAAAUUCAUUUGAAAUUCAGUUUGAUUGUAUUUCAUUUGUGCAUUCUCUGUGA